AUGGGAAUCUGUUUUUCACGUAGACCAACAUCGCAAAGCUGCAGCGAUAAGAAAGUUUUGGAUACACAAGUAAAAGAAUUAAAUACAACGACAGCUACUAUCCAUUCUGUAGUGCCAAUGACUAAUGCAACCGACAAUAGUGCUAACACCGGAUCGGAUAAUGGUAUUAGCUAUGCUUUUAAAUCGUUAACCAGUAGUUUGAUGUCGCUAUUCGGUAGCGCUGAUAACACUGCUGCGAAAAGAUUCCAAAUUAGAGUGGAAAAGUUAUUUGACGUGUACAAGGAACCUUCUGUCGAUCUGAUAUCAAUAGACGGAAUCGAAAGACUGUGCAACGAUUUGGAAAUACUCCCCGAAGAAUUCCGCAUACUCGUGUUUGCGUGGAAAUGCAAUGCACAUCAAAUGUGUCAAUUAAAAAGAGUAGAAUUCGCCAAAGGCUGCUUGGCUUUGAACGCCGAUUCUAUAGAAUUAAUGCGGACCAAGCUGUCCGAAAUGGUCAGUGAUCUCAAUUACAAUUCAAAGGACUUCAAAAGUUUGUACAGGUUUACAUUUAAAUUCGGUUUGGACAACAAUAAAGGUCAACGUAUCUUACCAGUCGAUACGGCUAUUGUGCUGUGGCAGUUGGUUUUCGACAUAUCCGAACCGGCAAUACUUCAACGUUGGUUGACGUUUUUGGAAAAUAGCAAAUCCGUCCAUGGCAUUCCAAAAGACACGUGGAACAUGUUCUUGUGUUUUGCUGAAUCUGUACCCAAUGGCGACCUGACAAAUUAUGAUGAUUCGGACGCUUGGCCAAGUGUUUUUGAUGAUUUUGUCGAACAUGAAAAUCAUCAAGCUAAAAAAACUGAGUGAU